AUGUGUGACCAUGGUGCCAGCUGCCAUUUUCAUGAUUCAGUUAGCAGUUCUGUUGCUCAGUCGCUAGAUGAGCUCGAGUUUCAACGGGGAAUCUGGCAGGCUGCGUUGGACAAUGAUUACGCUAGAGUCAAUGCCCUAAUUCGCAAGGGGGUUUCUCCGAACACUCCAGACACAUAUGGGUAUACGGCUUUGCAUUAUGCUUGUCGAUCAGGACAUGAACAAAUAGCAAUGCUGUUAUUAGAGAAUGGAGCUGAUCCCAAUGCAAAAACUGCAAGUGGGAAAGAGUGCCCGAUUCACAGGGCUGCCUAUCAAGGCCACGAAGCCAUUGUACGAUUACUUCUAAAGAAAGGUGCUGAUCCAACAAUUCAGAGCUCUGACGGACAGACUGCCUUGCACAAAGCUGGACAAAGAGACAAACAAGCGGUUAUAAAGAUAUUGCUAGAAGCCGCACCUGAUUUAGACAGCAUUCGCGAUAAUAAAGGAAAUACAGCUUUGACGUCUUCCGAGGAACGAUGA